AAGAAAAAAUAAAAUUUUUCCAUAGAUUGUGCAUGCCCAAAAAAAUGGCGAUUGUUAAAUUUUUGUUGAGAAUUUAAAAGCACAAUCUUCAGACAUUUAUUUAAAACGUUAAAUAUUUGUUGGUGUAACGGUGUAAAAUAAUCAGAUACAAUGGCUGACGCAAUGGUAGAACGGAGACCGACUGUUCGUUUCUUCUGUCACAGGUGUAAUAUUGAAUUUGAAGAUGUUUUGCAGGAUUAUACAUGUCCAUAUUGUGCGAGCGGUUUCAUUGAACAGCUGGAGAAUGAGGCGGAGGGUAUGGCCCUGUCUAGCGAUGACUUCAGUGACGCGGACAUGAGCAAUAUUGACGACAUGAGUAACAUAGAUGAGAUGAGCAACCUGGACGACUCAGACGAAGUCCACCACAUAACACAUGGCACUCCGCCGAUGUUGAACGACCUGGCGUUCCUCAUGUCCGGCGGCAGGCUGCGCGGCCCCGGGCGGCGCGACACGCUGAUGGAGCAGCUGGUGUGGAUGAUCGGCGGCGCGCGGCCCGGCUCCGGCGCCGUGACCGCGGGCGCGCCCUUCGUGUUCAUCGGCGCGCCCGGAGACUACGUGUUCGGGGGAGAAGGUCUGGACGCGGUGGUGACGCAGCUGCUGGGCCAGCUGGAGAACGCGGGCCCGCCGCCGCUGCCGCGCGAGCAGAUCGCCGCGCUGCCGAGCCAGCAGAUCACCGACGAACACAUCGCCGCCAACGCCGCCUGCUCCGUCUGCUGGGAGAACUUCACCUUGGGUGAGACGGUGUCGCGGUUGGAGUGCGACCACAUCUUCCACUCGUCCUGCAUCGCGCCGUGGCUGCAGCUGCACGCGACGUGCCCCAUCUGCCGGCGCUCGCUGCUGCCCGAGGAGCCGGCGGAUGCUCCUGCUGCUGACGCGACUGCCGCUAACGCGAGCGAGACUGCCGCCGACGCGAGCUCCACGCUUGCCGCCAACGCGAGCGCCACGUCCACCACUCCCGCCGCACAGACGCAAAACGCGCCCGUCACGCCCGCCACCAUCAGCGUCAACACACCCAUGUUGCGCGUCCCAGUCUCGUUCUCGCACGUGGUGCUGCGGCGGCGCCUGCCGGCGGGCUGGGAGGCGGACAGCUCGGGCUCGUCGGGCGGCGCGGGCGGCGCGUCGGGCGCGAGCGGCGCCUCGGGCUCGCCCUCCAGCGCCUCCACCGGCUCCUCCGUCACCGCGAGCGGCGUGUGGGCGCCGCUGGCGCGCGACUCCACCUCCAACUCCACCGCCUCGCUCUCCAGCGACCGCGACCGCCAGUACAAUAUGGACAUUGACUUCGACUAGGACGUGGCGUCCGGUGUGCGAUGUCGUUGUUUUUGUACGUCGUAUGAAAUGAUAUUUUUUUAUGAUCGCAACGGGACCGCGUCGCGUCCGAGUGUUUAUGUAUAAAAAUAUAUAGUCGAUAUUGAAUGGAGUCGUUUAGGAUAUAGUGCGUCAUGUAAACGAACUGUUACAGUUGCGUGCCUUUCAUUUGUAUUGCAAAAGUUUAGUGUAAUGUAGGCGCGGCGCGCGGUGCCGGCCGGCGUGGCAGUGACACGUGGCGGCGGCGUGGCGGCGACGUGGCAUGGCUGGGCGGGUUACUCGCGCCACUGUGUCGCCACGGCGCAGGCCGGUCUCUGCGCCCGCGCAUGAACUGUACCUAGUUAUUAAUUAUUAUAAUUAUAUACCGUGUUACAUACGCGUUUUGGUUUUGGACUGCAUUCAAAAUUGUGUGUAAAAAAUGUAAGUCAUUAAUAUUUGUCAACAUAAAUUAAUUCUUCAUUAAAAAUGUUUUUUUUUCGUGUAAAUUUUGUAAAUAUGCGUCUAAGGUAGAAUUUUGUUGCGGUUAGAGGACAGUAUAGAAUUAUUACUGAAUAGUAUAUCACUUUGAAAAAUGAUUCGGAAUGAUUCUAGCUCAAUACUGAUACGCCACAGUUUGUGGGUAAUAUUACAACUAUUUAUUGUGAAGUGUGGUGGGAGAACUAAAUACGACAUGUAAUUCACUGAACCGUUUGUAUAUAAUAAAUUAAUUCGGAAUCAAGCUAUUUUUCACUA